UAAACUGCGGAAAUACAAGUUGUCUCGUCUUCCCCUGCGGACUGAGGAAAAAAACAUGUCGCUGAGAGCAGCUCUGAGGACUAAACGCUGUGUUUCAGGGCUCCUCUCCCAGCUGCCCUCCUGCAGCAGUCAUGUCAGACCUCGUGCUCCGGCCGUCCUUGUCUCUCAGCAGAGGAACAACUCCACCUCACCGAAGAUCAAGGUGGACUUUGACCAGAGCACAGGUGUGGCGAUUAUGCAAAUGCAGAGUCCUCCUGUCAACAGCCUCAGUUUAGAUUUCCUCACAGAGCUCUGCAUCAGCGUGGAGAAGCUGGAGAUGGAUAAGAGCUGCCGAGGCCUCAUCAUCACCUCGAGUCAGCCCAAGGUUUUCUCAGCCGGCCUGGACAUUAUGGAGAUGUACGGGAAGAGUCCAGAACGCUGUGGAGAGUUCUGGAAAGCAGUUCAGGAGAUGUGGCUGAAAAUCUACGGCUCCAACAUGGUCACCAUAGCUGCAAUCAAUGGUUCCAGUCCUGCAGGUGGCUGCCUGAUGGCUCUGACGUGUGACUACAGGAUAAUGGCCGACAACCCUCGUUACAGCAUCGGCCUUAAUGAGACCCAGCUCGGCAUCGUCGCACCUUUUUGGUUUAAGGACACCAUGACAAACACAGUGGGACAUAGAACCACAGAGAUGGCCCUGGAGCUGGGUUUGCUCUACAGCUCCUCAGAGGCCCUCAAGAUAGGCCUGGUGGACCAGCUGGUGCCUGAGGACCAGGUCCUCACCACAGCCACAGAGACCAUGACCAAGUGGUUGGCUAUUCCAGAUCACGCCAGACAGCUCAGCAAAUCCAUGAUGAGGAAGCCAACCAUCGACAAGCUGACCUCCAACAGAGAGGUCGACAUUAACAACUUUGUCAGCUUCAUCACUAAAGACUCCAUUCAGAAGUCACUGCGCAUGUACCUGGAGAUGCUGAAGAAAAGACGAGGCUAGAGGAGAGAGAGCAGUGUGAAGAGCUGGAGCCACGAGUCGGGAUCUGCCUUCAGUGUCACGUGUUCAUCCACGCUCACCUUCCAGUGACGAAUAGUGUUUUUCUGUCCAACUUUAUAUGUGGUUGAGAAAAAAACUAGUUUCAAACUUAACAUCAAUUUUGAGGAUAUUCUUGAGAUUGACUACCUCAUCAUCUCUUAACAGAUUUGGCUUUAUAAAGUUUUUCGUUCUGCUUCUUAUGAAUAAAGUCCUCUAGAUUUUAA